AUGUGUUGUUUCAGCCAAUUGUCACUGCUGUCGUCUGAGUUGGCCAUGGCCAUUCGCAUUGAUCCAUUCACUCUCUUCCCACGCGAGGUGUCGUUGCGUGUGUUGGGCUUUUUGGAUGCGAUCAGCCUCGGACGUGCAGCACGAGUAAGUCGCUUGUGGCGCUCGCUCGCUGAUAACGACUUGCUUUGGCGCAACAUGUGUGAGCAGCACAUUGAGCGAAAAUGUGAGAAAUGCGGCUGGGGUCUUCCACGCCUUGUUGACAGUCGUGCCCAUGGACAGGAUCAUUCCAUGUCGCUAUCAAGGAACUUGACCCCCGGUGACGAGGAGCUCCGACAAGCAGCCUCGGCCGUAUCUGACGGCAGUCUGCGCCGAAGUGUGACGGCAGCGGCCAAUGCGGCAGCGCUCGAACGACGCCGAACACACACAAGCAACGAAGAUACCCCAAAUAUACCGUCGCAUCUGCAGUCUCUAGAAGAGUCACCUCAGCGAAAACGCGUUCGCACCGACGGGCAAGGCGCUGGAGCCGGUGUUUCUGGAAGGAAUGGCUCGAUCCGACCAUGGAAGGCGGUGUAUUGUGAGAGAUUUGCUAUUGAGCGCAAUUGGCGGUAUGGUCGCUACUGUGUGCGAGUUCUUCGCGGACACACCGAAGGCAUCAUGUGCUUAGCAUUCCGGGAGAAGAUCAGUCAGCUGUCUCAUCCCAUCCUUAUUACCGGCGGUUAUGAUCGCACAGUCCGCGUGUGGAACUUACAAACCGGUGAGACGCUGCGUGUGCUGACAGGCCAUGCACGCGGUGUGCGUUGUCUGCAGUUUGACGAUUGCAAGCUGAUUACAGGGUCCAUGGACCGCACCCUCAAGAUCUGGAAUUGGCGGACCGGUGAGCUGCUUCGCACUCUGGAAGGUCACACGGAGGGCAUCGUAAGCCUGACCUUCAAAGACCUUAUUCUCGCGAGUGGUAGUGCCGACAGCAGUAUUCGAGUAUGGAACUGCCAAACGGGCGAGUGCUUCCCCUUGAAUGGGCACAGAGAUUGGGUGAAUGCCUUGCAGCUCUGGUCCGGCUCAAGCUCGUCGAACUCAAGCGACAGCAUGUUUUUGUUUUCUGCAUCGGACGACUUUACGAUCCGACUGUGGGACCUGCGGCACCGAGAAUGCCUCAUGGUUUUCCAGGGCCAUGUCGGACAAGUCCAGUCGCUGAAACUUGUCAUGAUGGACCAGUCGACCGUGCGCAAACUUGCUCGUGGAUCCAUGAAAGUAUCGGGCGAGACAGAGGGCGAUGCUGCUGAUGAAGAAGGCUUGUCUAUGUCUAUGGCGUCGUCGACGUCGUCGCCGGACAAUGGGCUGUUAUCCAACACGCUUACAGGCCGCAAUGCACGCAUGCCCGGGUCUGGCAGUGCGCGCCGAAUCCCUGCGCGGCUGUUGCGGAUGCAUGAGCGGCUUUGUGCGGCAAACCUGGUCCCUCCGCUUCCACCGUAUGCGACACUACAGGAUGUGGAAGAUGGAAUCUUCGAUGGCGUGCCUGACGAAGCAGAUCCGAUGUCCUCGCCAUCGAUGCCCACCUCGACAUCGGCGGAUAAGACAUGUGGCAGCAAGUCCAAGCGGCCAGUCCUCGUGUCAGGUUCACUCGAUAACACGCUCAAGUUUUGGGACGUGCGUACCGGUAGGUGCUUCCACACGCUAUUCGGACACGUUGAAGGAGUAUGGUGUGUGGAUGCUGAUACUCUGCGCAUCGUGUCGGCUAGUCAUGAUCGGACUGUCAAGAUAUGGGACCGUGAUACGGCGCAGUGCCAAAUCACAUUGGUAGGUCAUCGUCGUGCCGUGACGACUGUGACCUUAGGCGAUGACAAAAUCCUCAGUGGUAGUGAUGAUGGCGAUGUGCGUGUAUGGAGUUUUUGCCCACCUGACGAUGGUGCUUCUAUGACGUCUUCGUGUGGCACACCUGCCAAUCCUGUUUCUGCGCCCUCAGCGACAUCCAGCACCACCACAUCUUCUGCACCACACCCUCCAUAUGCAAACACAGUCAUGACUACAACACCCACCCCUGUGCAUUCGUAG